AUGUUGUCAUCACCAGUGUCUGUUGAUAAAGGCGCGGAAAAGGCAGGUAUAAUUAGUGCACCAAUAGCAACCAUUUGUUGUCUUGGUGUAAUACUUCUCAUAAUUGCUGGAACAAUCAUCUUAGCUCUCAUUCCGGUCUAUUUACCUAGGAAAGAUAUACCAAAUCUUCCUUCAACUGCAACAAGAUAUAUUACAUUAAGACCAGAACAAUAUAUUCCACCAUAUGGUAUAACAUCAUAUUCUGCAUGUAGUACAAUAGCACGUCAGAUGGCUAUUUCAUUAGGUCUUCCAGCGGUUGCAAUAAAUCCAUCUUCAUGCACAUUUGCAAUAUCAUCAAGUAGACGUCGACGAUCUCAACUAAUGAGUCGUUUUCGUCGUCAGACUGGAAAUUCGAAAUUAUAUAUGGUAGCCGACAUUGUAUACGCUUCCUGUGCACUUUGUCGUUUACGAACAUUUUUAAGUAAAUUAAUUGGCUUGAGAUUUGGUGCAACAUUCAAUUAUUAUGGUACUCGUGCUGUAACUUUUACUAUAGAAAGCAUACGAUAUACUAGUUUUGGUGGUCUAUCUUCUAUACCUACAACAACAACAAGUACUACAACAACUACAUCUUCAACUACCACUUAA